CUAUUCCUAUAUAUAAAAUGCAGAACUUUAAAGUCAUUUCGGAACUAUAGAGUGCGGUGCCGUGAAAAGCCACUCUCUCUCUCUCCUUUGUUUCUAUAGUUUUUGAUUAAUUCCUGCCCGAAGCAAAGAUAAUGGAAUCCAACGAAUUUGAACAUCUCUUUUUUCUUUGAUCCAUCAUAAAGAUCCCCCUUUUUCUUCGUUUCUGAAUACCCAAAUCUCUCAACUUUGUUUUAGCUUCCAACUUUAAGUUUUCAAGCUCCAUUUUUUGCUUAAAAAGUUUGGAUUUUUAAUGGACUGUUCAUUUGAAGUUGCAAAAACGGAGAUAUGUUUGGCGUUUUAUGUUGUUUAAUUGUUUGCAGUGAGAGUAACCUCUUGUUCCUUUGGUGAGAACAGAAAAAAAAAAAGUGGUGUGUGUGUGCUUUAAAAGCCAAGAUGAGGUUUUUGCUGCUUUGUUCAACGGGGCCACCGAUCAAACGAAGGGCAGGAUUGAGAAUAAAACAGGCGGGUCGAGGGUCAUACCGAGGAAGCUAGAGGAAGGUUAAAAUUGAGUUUAGUGUGAGUAUUUGGUUUUAGAGUGUAACAGAAAUCUGUGGUUUUUUCUUUUAGUUGAAUAUAAGUUGAAGAAAAAUGGCGAAUACUGCUUUAAGGCAGUUGUUGAAGAGUUUUUGCACUAAUUCACUUUGGAAAUAUGCUGUGCUUUGGAGGCUCAGGCACCGAAGCCCCAUGGUUUUGACCUGGGAAGAUGGGUAUUGUGUUUAUCCAAUACCAAGAAAAUCUGUGGAAAGUUUCUCAACUGAUGUUUAUUCUAACAGUGAGAAUAUCCCAUCACACUUUGAAAUGAGCAUCCGUGAUGGCCGUUAUGGAGAAGGAUACCCAAUUGGCCUGUUAGUGGAUCAUAUGCCGCAUCUUAAAUAUGCAUGGGGAGAGGGGUUUGUUGGUAAAGUAGCAUAUACGGGGAAGCAUUGUUGGGUUUCCUAUGAUGAUAUUUUCGCUGGCAAAGCUAACUCGAAGUUAGUUCCCGAGUAUCCGGAGGAAUGGUUACUUCAGUUUGCAUCAGGAAUCAAGACAAUAGUGCUCGUACCUGUGCUUCCACAUGGAGUUCUGCAGCUUGGUUCAUUGGAGAUGGUAGCUGAAGAUUUGUCUAUUCUUUCAUGCAUCAAAGAUAGAUUUGCCUGCAAGAACAUUCACACCCAAUUGACAUCAUCAGAAAUAUCAAGUCCUUUCGAGAAGUUAGUAGCGUCUUCAAGUGCAUUGAUGGGCCCACUGAACUCUAAAGAUUCAAAUGCUGUUAACAGUGUUGAACCAAAUAAGCUUUUAGCUUUAGAUCAUAUUGUGCCACUGUUAAGUAUUCAGAAUGAAUUCAAGGUGCCUGGAAUACUUCUCCCUGAGAUUUUAGAAAGUGAGAGUGAGAAUAGGAUUAGUGUCCCACCAGUUAGCCUUAGUGAAUUAGCGUCACCACUAAGCCAAUCUGUAAGUGUUGAUCAGCUUGCAAUAGGGGAGAGUGAACUGUUUGGUUUCUAUUGCCUUAAGGAGGAAUUGCAAGCUUAUCCUGAAUGUAAUGCUUACAGAGUGGGAGAGUGCGGAGAAAUCUUAGAUGAAGUUAUGAAUCCUUACCCUGCUGGAUACUUUCUUGAACCACUUGAUAUUGAUGAUGCCGAUUUCCUUAAUUUUCCCAAUGAAUGUGAAUUGCAGAAAGAACUAGGAGCAGCGUUUGAAAGACAGAGCUGUGAGUAUUUGUGGGAGUCAUCUUUUUUGAGUGAGGAUCUAUUUAGAGAUCACGUUGAUGGCAUUGAGCCGUCAUUGUCUGUAAGAGGAGGUGAUGCAGAGUAUCUGUUGCAAGCUGUGGUGGGCCAUGUAUAUGAUGGUUCUAUUGAUAUUCCUAAUAGAUAUACUCAUCUCAUGGCAUCUACUGGACAGCUUCCUGUAUCUUCUCGACCUCAAAGUGUAAAGAGUGAUUCAACUCCAUCGAGCAGACUUACAUCUCCUUCUGUUGGUGGGGCCAAAUGUAAUGCUAGUUCUAAAAUAUUGACUUCUUUCAAGAGUACAGUAAGCAUGUUAACUGAUGCUGAGAAUCUGAGAAAAGAUGGCUAUUACACACAAUCUAGAAAAGGAAAAAAGCAGUCCAGCGUCAGCAAAAAAAGGGCUAGACCUGGUGAUAACCCAAGGCCAAGGCCAAGGCCAAGGGAUAGGCAGAUGAUCCAGGAUCGGCUUAAGGAGCUUCGAGAACUUGUUCCAAAUGGUGCUAAGUAUAGCAUUGAUGCUCUCUUGGACCAAACUGUUAAACACAUGCUGUAUUUGAGGAGUGUUACCAACCAAGCUGAGAAAUUGAGGCAAUGGGUGCAUCGUGAGGUAUCUGAUCUCAAGAAUACAAGGUCAUCUCAAACCAAAGAUGAUUACCAAACUGGAACAAGCUGGGCUUUUGAGAUUGGAGAUGAACGGAAAGUAUGCCCCAUCGUUGUGGAAGAUCUUCCAUAUCCAGGACACUUGCUCAUAGAGAUGCUUUGCAAUGAGUACGGUAUGUUUCUUGAGAUUGCUCAGGUGAUUAGAAGCUUUAACUUAACAAUCUUGAAGGGUGUUACGGAGAGCUGUUCAAACAAUACAUGGGCUCAUUUCAUUGUGGAGACUUCUAGUGGCUUUCACAGACUGGAUAUUUUCUGGCCUUUGAUGAACCUUUUACAGCGUCAAAGAAACCCUGUUUCAAGCAAGAGUGAACGAUGAAAACCUAUUAAUCUGUGUACUGUAGGAAUGUUGCAAGCGAUUGUAUCAGUCAAACCAGGCUCCUUGCAUGCAUGCAAGCAAGGGUACGAGUUGAAUAUUUGUGCGACGUGGCUGUUGGCUUGGUGGAUAAUCAACCCAAGCCCUUGUUCAGAGCUUAAGUUGAUCUCUAGAAUGUGAAUUAUUAUUGUUGUUUCACGAAUCUACUCCGAUUUCUCCUC